AUGAGUCGUGAACGAAUCACAGCCGGCGACACGCCCGUCUUUACGACAACCGAUUUCUAUCGAAUCGCCGGGAAAUAUAUGAAAACGCUAAUAUUCAAUACGCAUCUGGAAGUGUCUCGAAAUGGACUUAAAAAACAAGAAAAUUCGAAACAGCUGGAGAGUUUGGUUAGCCUAAUGGAGGUGCCGCAUGAUAGGGUGUUGGUGUUCCGAGCGAAAGAGGAAAUGCAUAUUAAAUAUGCUUUCGAUGGUUCACAGUUGUUUGACGUGUACGGCUCGCCACAAGAGUUUCUAGAUGAGAUGAAGAUAUUUCAAGAUUUCACACAAAGUCACAAGUAUUUCACGACGAAUCCGACGAGCACUUAUUAUUCAACUCCAUUCAUUUAUUUCAAUGAGAAACGCGAGAAAUUUGUCUACAAACCCGAUUUGUUCGUUAUUCUUCAGUAUAUGAUGCUUCUGAAUGUUCCCAUUUCGUCGGAUUUCUAUCGGAAGGAGGUUCUUGAGAAGUUGGAGAAGGAUUUCGAGAAGUUGAGCAUCGACGAAGUGCUGGAAAAGCUGAAAAAGAUGGUUCCAUUCGUUUUAAAAGAGGACGAGGCGAGGUCGAUUCACGAUUGGCUGGAAUACGAGAGGUCCAAUGAUAAGGAGUGGCUGAAAUCUCUAAUUGUCACGUAUACAAAUGCUGGAUUUGUCUUAAAAUCACUUCAAGCGAUUCUCAAGAAGCGUCCCGACGUUUUUACGUUUAAAAAACCAAAAAUUCCGGAAGAAAAUCAAGAAAAUCAAGAAAAAUCGACCGAAAAUGAUGAAAAAUCCGAGAAAAAAGAGGAAAAGAAGCCGCGUCUCUGCUGUCGAGUGUUCCAAAACGGCAACCAACGAUUCGUGCUGAAAGACGAGCUCUAUCUUGCCCUCGGUCAGAUGUGUAACUGCAAAAAGGGGCGGAGCCUGAAGAGUUUGUGCUCCGAGCUCGUGCAACGGAUAGAAACGAUACAGUUGAUUCCAUUUCAAGAGGUUCAAAAAAGAUAUAAAGAGAGAAUUGAGCACAUUCAAUUUAUUACGGUACCACUCCGUCGAACUAAACACCGGGCGGUCCCCAUCCCGGCGCCUGACUACGGGAAAUUCUAUGUGCUCGGAGUGGAUGCGGUGCUCGAAGCACUCAACUCGUUGAUUUGGGAGACGAGAGUGUUUCAAAAGUUCCCGGUGAAACAGAAGAAGACGUUGUACGAAUUGUUUGGAGAUUUGGAUUGUCUGAUUAGGCAGCAGAGUGACCCAUACCUCGUCGAACACAAACGUCUCCAGGAGAUCAUCGCAAUCUGUGACUCAAAAUGGGAUUUCCAUCGAAAAGUGCCGACGAACGAAGUGAGAAAAGUGUCUCCGGAUGGAUUCACGGUGGAAGAUCUCAUCGAAGAGCUGAAAUAUCUGGAAAUCAACACAUUCUUCCCAAAUAUCGCAAAUCACGCGAAAACGGCGUGGGCCGAAGUGAAUCGAGCCAAGAGAGCGGAAGUUUUGAGGACUUGUGAUAUGUAUGACGCUCUGGAAAUAUGUCAGCUCUAUUGUGUCUUUGAGCACUUUCCGAAAAUAAAAAACUUCUUUCACGCGCAAAAAUCGUGUCGCCGUGUGGCCGGCUAUCGAUGUACCACGUGUCUAGACUUCUGGAGCUUCGGAGUGCCAUCAGAUGAACCGACCGACCUACCUUGGGAUAAGAUGUCGACGGAGACGGAUUCAGAUUCAGAAGACGUGACGACGUUGGAUUCAGAAGCACUUGCGAAAACUACAGUAGAGGAUUCUGAAUCUAGGGAUUCUGAGAAUUCUGAAGAAGAUUCUGAAGUUGAUGACGUCACGGAGACGGCUUCAGAAUCCUCUUCUUCUGAAGUCGUCGAAUUCUUCACGACGGCAACACAAACAGAACAAUCAUCUGAAAAUCUCAUCGAAAAAUCGCUGGAAUUCAGUGAAAUCGAGCGUGAAAAAUUGGAGAAAAAAGUGUUUUUAAUCGAGAAAAAAGUGGCGGAAAUGAAGAAUUCGCAUGCGGAAAUUGUCGAGCGAAUGCGUCGAGAAAUGAAGAAAAAACAGGAGGAAAAUGAGAAAUUGAAGCAAAAAGUGACGACGUUCGACGCGAUUCAGAAGAGUAAUGAGAAGUUUGAGAGGAAAAUCGGACGGAUUGGAAUCGAUUUACAAGAGAAACAAAAGGAGAUUAUGGAACUCAGACGUGAACUCUCUACCCAUACGACAACUACCCGUAGAAAUGAGUCGAAAAUCGAUAAAUUGGAGAAGGAAUUGAAGAGAAUCCGUGAGAAACCUACUGUAUCUCCACUCAUCGCCCAGGAAAACGAAGAAUUGAAAAUGCGAAUUUCAGUUUGUGAAUCCGAUGAGAUUCGACUUCACGAGGCCUAUGCGACAAUGAAGAACAAGUUCGACGAGGAUCGUGUGGCGUUUUCCGAGAGGAUUUCAGAAAUGGGACGGAAUUUGAGAAUUGAAAAGAACAAAGUGACGGAUUUGGAGCAACAAGUUCGAGCACAAAACGAGGAUAUCGCCGAGAAGACACAUCACUUGAGACUAUUCCACGACUCGAAUUGCCAGCUGAGAAUGGAGAACGAGGCGAAUAAGAGGACGAUUCAAGAGUUGAUGAGUCGAUUCUCGGCACCACAACAAAAUUCCACGUAUUCGAGAGGUUUUGGAAUGAAUUAUGAGUCGCCCCUCCCACCACCGCCAAUCGUAAUUCCUCGAAUCGCAGCGAUCGGCUCCGAGCGAGCACAACGAAUGGCCUCCGCCUCGGCGUCGUCACUUCAGAAUUCUCCGGUUCCCCUGUUGACUCCGCCCCCUCAACCGAUUCUGGAGAUUCGCCAGAAUCCGCAAUUUAUGGAAUUGACGGAUUCGGAAUGUUUGAUAUGUUUGACGGAGAUGAUAAGAGACGACGAGACGACGAUCAAAUGUCACGAGUGUCGACGACGAUUCCAUUUUCAGUGCGCCUCCGAGUGGCUGAAAGUGAAGACCAUAUGCCCGACGUGCAAAGGGAAACUUCUGGAUCCCAACGAGUUUCCGGCUCUAUAA